CCCUUUAUUUGUCUCUGUACAAUAAAUGUGCGUUACAGUUGCAAUUUCCAUUUUAACACAUCAUGCACAACUGUUUUCUAAGUUAAUACAUGUACAAUGUUGAGUAAGCAAAACCCCAAUCUCCGUGGUUUCCCCAUCUUUUUAAUGCAUCAAGAAUAAAACUAAAGCUGGAUCCUGGCUGAGUUGGUGCUUAGGAGUAUCCACAUUAGCACAUGAAAAUGAACUCAAGUAACAUAUACCAUACCUAGGCUUAUAAUGUUGACGAGUCCUCUCUGGGCUGUGUUUGGACAAGUUUUGACAUUUUCUUCCCAAUCCAGAACAUCUUGGAGGUGUCUUAUCAAUGUCUUGAAUACAUUUUAUCCAUAGUUGAUCUUCAUAGGACAGUGAAUGCAGCUAGAGCCUUACUAGACUUGUGAAAUCUUGGUUGUUCAUAGUUGUGGUUCUAAAGUUGGCUUACACAACAUGCAUGAUCUGUUGCCACUUGUCCCCUCUGCAGAGCACCUUGCUAUCAAUAAUUCACCUACCUUUUUCCUUUCUCCUUUAUAUCAGUUCAUAACCAUAAGCCAAUCUACAUAAGCAGUAAGCCAAUCUACACAAUCCAUCAAAAAUGAACCUGGAGUAAGAAAGAAAUCCCAAAUAUUUGAGGCAUAGCAGCGUUGUGACAUUUGACUGAUUAACUUACAGCUUUAAGUGUAUGUGCUUCCUGCUCCCGUAUGUUUUUUGGAAUAUCAGCUUUCACAUUUCUCUAACAUGCCAUUUAAUUUACGUUUCUGUUCCUUUUAGGAUUAAUUGCCAGUAAAAUCACGAAGUUUGAAAAAAUUGCAAAUGUCCCAUCCGUCCUCAUUUGGGGAAAUUUUAAGUUAAUUUUGGCACACCGGGAAAACAUGGCAUGAAUGUCUGGUUAGUGAAGGGUUAGUUAAACAACAUCAUUUUCUUGCGCUAGAAACUACGUCGUUUCACUUAAACAAUUUUUAUCUUCCAAAAUCAAUUAUAUGGAUUUGUUAAUUGUUCUUCUCCAGUUCUCCUCCCUUCUCUUCAUUUUCCAACCCCCUGUGUGAGCUUUUGCCUUGGGCUCGUCUUGGACUUGGACGCCGAUUCUCGGAUUGUCCAUGGUCUCAUCCCAUCGCCAUGAGUCAAUUUGUCAUGAGUUGCCUUCCAAUUUUACAAGGCAUAAAUUUUCAUCGUCCACUUUACAAUUUUUGUACUAAUUCAUUUUUUCAUCUUUCAAUUCAAUUUUGGCCUGGUUUUUUUUUUGGGUGGGGUGAUAUCUCAUUCCAAUGAAGGCUACAAUGUACAUGGACGGAUUUACUAUCAUAAAAUGUUGAUAGAACUUAAAAAAGGGAGGUCUUUUUAGCUUGUCGAAGUUUCAGUGUUCAAAAUCAAAUGACAAAGGUUUGUACUUCUACACAUUCCACUUGCUAAGGACUAGAGAUUAAUGAAGAAAAUCAUGGAUGCUUUAAUGCCAAGUCACUCAUAUAUGCUGAGAUUCUCUUCUAAACGAUGGAUACUUUAAGGCCAAGUCAUUCUUGAAGACACUUCAUUUGAACCAUCUGAAGAUGUUCAUGAUAAUUUCCCCAGCGUAGAUGUUCACUUUUCAAUUUACUUUUAUCCUAAAUGGAAGAAGAAAUUUUGAAAAUCAUAGUUAAUUAUUUCCAGUUUGCCGGAUUGUUGCCCUUUCAAUCGGUGAUCGGUGGUGACGACAUCAGCGGUUGUUGGAUAAGAGAAGCGACAUGACGUCGUUUAGGUGAAGGGUGAGGCCAGCCACAGCUUAAGGUCCUAGAAGUUGGUACAGAGAAGAAAAAUAUGUCACCUGACUCUGAAAUAGGCUAUAUAAAAGUAGAUGUUAUGCAUGAGGAGAUCUCUAAAUUUGUUCCAACUGCAGUUGAUGUAAGUGAAUGCCAGUCUGGGAGUGUAGAGGGAUGCUCAAAGCAUUUAGAUGAAUCAGAAAAGGCUAAGACCUCCAACUCUCCUGUUGGUACUGAUAUUAGACCUGAUUUCUCACUGUUGAAUGGGGAAAUACACCUUGACAGCCUAUCAGUUAAGGAUCUUCAGGAGAUUUUUCAGGUGACAUUCGGAAGACAAACUUCUGUGAAAGACAAACAGUGGCUAAAAAGGAGGAUUAUUAUGGGAUUGACUAAUUCUUGUGAUUUUUCAACCACAACACUAGUAGUUAUUGGUAACAGAGUGGUGAAGAAAGGUAAAGAUGAAACCGGUCAACGUAUGGAUGGUUCUGUUUUGAUUGAUUGUGUAGUUACAUCUGCUCUGGAGACAAAUGAAAGUCCAACCACUGUCCAUGAUGAACAAAUUGAAACCCACCAAACUGGUAAUGCAAUGGCAUUACAAAGUUCUGCUAGUCAAGAUAAUUGUGAGAGUAAUGAGACUGACACAGAACAUAGACCAGUAAAAAGAGUUCGAAAGCCCACAAGACGGUACAUUGAAGAAAUUUCUGAAGGAGAAUCCAGAGAUUCUGGUGCUCAAACUGUCUCCUCAGUUGAACCUCCGGCAUGUGACCAGUCAUCUGCACAAGUUUGUGUUAGAUCUAUUCAGAAUUUUGGACUGGAUCAAAGAUAUCUCCUCAGGAAAGAUUCUCUUGGUGGUUUUGGAGUUCAGGUUCCAUAUGUUAACCGCAUUCGCCGAAGCCGUCCAAGGAAAAAUUUUGUGACCCUGGUAAAGUCUGUUGUCUAUUUGGAAAGAUGCACUUCAGAAACAGAAAGGAAAACCCUUCGGUUUGAGCAGGAAGUAAAAUGUACGGAAUCAUUGAAGGCUAAUUUAGAUGAUGAUGUUGCCACUGUACCCACUGCAAAUGGAGGAAUGAGGAGGAAGCAUCAUCGACCUUGGACGCUCGGUGAAGUUGUUAAACUGGUUGAGGGAGUUUCAAAAUAUGGUGCUGGUAGAUGGUCAGAGAUCAAACGCCUUGCAUUUUCUUCGUAUUCUUACCGAACAUCAGUUGACCUAAAGGACAAAUGGAGGAAUCUCCUGAGAGCUAGCAUGGCUGAAUCACCCAUGGGAAACAGGGUUCAGAAUACUCGGAAGCACGCGUCAGUUCCCAUUCCUGCUGAAAUUCUGUCAAGAGUGAGAGAACUUGCUGAUAUACAUACACAGGUUCCUCCAAGCCUCGCCUCUAGCAAAUUAUUCACACAUAAUGAUUCCAAUAAUCCUGCACAUGUCGUAGAUGUGCAUGUUAGUUAGUAUUUUGAUUAAGAAUAUUUAGGGGUAGUGUAUCAUAGGAUUGUUGCGUAAGCAUUAGUUUGUGUUAGUAUAUCGAUGUUUGUUGAUAAUCAGAAACAAAGCAUCAAUGGGGUCAGACACUAGUGUAUUUGUUGUGACAGGUCACAGGAUUCGGGUGCUCAGAUGCCGUCGGUCAUGAGGUUUUUAUUCCAAAUUCCUCUGUAAUAGAUGUUUAGUUAACAGUUAAUUGCUAAAUAAAUCACUGAUUUUGAUCCGUUA